AUGUUAUGCAGUUGUAAGGACGUCAACCUUACCUCUCAUAUAAGGAAAUUGUCGCAUGCCUUACCCAUCAUUCACCCCAACGUUGAAUUGAUGACCGUAAGAGAUCAGCUAAUAGCACGAAUUCCUCACUUGCCUACAGCAGAAUUCAUACUGAGGAUCAAGGAUCGCUAUCGCGUCAUCACCCUGAUUUCGGAGGCCAUAUGCACUAUCACUGAUAUCCAACUGCGUGGUUGCUACAACUGCGCAAGAGGAGCGCGAGCAACAGUGAAAUGUGUUUCAUCAACGAAACAAGAGAUGGCAGAGAUACUAUGUGGACGUUAUGCGUUCACGGUACCAUGCACUUCGUCUGGGACGGUGUCGAAGUUGCGUUUUGCAGCAAGCACCGCACGAAUGCAAAUUCUUUGCUCGAUUCAGUGUGGACAAAAGAAGAGCAAUUUUGAAAUAACUGGUAUCCUCCGCUACACCGGGAGUUUAGACGCCGCAGUCAAACCGUUACUGGAAGGAAAGAGUGAAAUCUUCUCCGAAAUCAAUCUACCGGACCUCGGCCACAUAAUGGAAGUAUACCUGCAGUCCGCUGGAACUGUACUAGCAGUUGCCGCUGCCGUGAUGAUAGCCCUUUUUUCCACUUAUUUGUGUGUCACCACUGGCAUGCUUUGCACGCUUUUCAAAUGCAUGAAUGGAGUUUUAUGGAAAGUGAUGCUCCUAUAUUGGCGGACAGUCUCAUUUGUCCUACGCAUGCCACAUCACCUUUUUUCGAUGCAUGCCGAACGUCACGAUCCGAAACCCCAAGAAAAAUUACUCUAA